AUGACCAAUUGGUUUUUAUGGGGAGGGCUAGCACCACUCACACCCUCGAUCGCCAUACCGCCCUGUUUUCGGGAACUAUUCAUUCAUUUUUUAUUCAGUAUUUUUUAUUUCAUUCCACAUACAUAAACUUAAUAUAAAUAAUUAUUAUUCAUUUCAUAUACAGAACAUAAUACAAACGGUUUAUUCCGCUUCAAUCCCCAAUAAUAACAAAGGUUAAAUGAUUGAGUUUAAAGUCAAAUUAGGCUAUAGUUGAAAUAUAUAUGAUCUAUAUUGCGAUCCGCUUUCGAUGUUUCCUAGACAAGUUAUUUUUGUAAUUUUCCUAGAUGUUCAGGAUUUUGGAGCAAAACAAAUGUUUGCAAGUACAAGAAAGAAGAAAGCGCAACAAAUAACGUGCUCUCCAAACGUUCCAGAUCAUGUGGUGACAACGAAAGGUACAUGUGCUACAUACAGCAUUAAAUAAUUAACAGUUAUUUUGCGAACUCCAGUCGUAUAUAAUUUGACUUCAACUCGAACUCUCAAAAUUCUCAACGCCAUCCUUGACCAUGGGAAACGUCCUCGUUUGAGUCACUUUUUUCUAACCUCGUUAUUACGUCAUACUGUGUAAUAUUCUCUACAGAAGAAUAACACUCUUUUAAUACUGUACCUAUAGGGGUAAGACCAAUAGACUCACUAAUAGUUUUAUUAUAGCCGGUAGUAAAGCCUAUAACGCCAGUAUAUCUUAACCUUAGUGUACUUUUUUAGUAUUUUAUAUAAUUAAGUAUGGUUCCUUUGUAUAGGGUUUGUAAAUAGUUUAACAUGCGUAUACAGGGUGUAUAAAAAACCGGAGUCCUCACAUGAAGUAUGAAUUUCAAAGCGAAUAUGAAAGUUAGACGUUUAUACUUGCAUUCUUUUGAAAUCGCGAUCUUUCGGCUAUUUUAUAUACUUUAUGUUAUAAAAUUUGGAAUUAUUGCUGGCGAGUUGUGUCAAUUUAAGUAAGUGCAAUUGGAAAAUUAAAAAAACGUAGAUGCGUUGAAUUCACAAAAGUUCACCAAUUUCAUAAGUUGGAAGUACACAUUUACUCAACGUGGCCUCCAUAUCUAAGUUCACACAACUUCGUUCUUUGCCUCAUAUCCAAGAUAACUCUUCUUCUUCAAGCCCGAGUUUCCUUUAUUUCGAUUUAAAUUUUAUGUGGUGGUUCUUCCAUUCAAUGCAUGCAGCCGGUAUUUGUUGACAUUACGCCAAACGCUCGAUGAAGAUUACGUCCUGGAAAAGCUAUUUGAAAUUGUCUUAUUAACACUGCAACAAUUAUAACGCUUUUUGUUUCGAAAUACUUUUCAACAAUGAAUGUUCUUUCCGGAAUUGUUAGCUUUGGCAUUAUGAAUGGCGAUUGUAAAGUUUUAAACAACAACGUUCUGAAUUUAAAAAACUACAUUUAAUUAAGUCCCCAAUUAAGGGACUUCGAAGACUAAUAUUUCGAAGCAUCUAAAAACGAGCGCCUGCACUAAAUUCUUUUUAUUGCGAUUAGCCUUAGUUCAAAAUUUUCAAGAAACCAUUCAUUCGAAAGAUGAAAAAACAAGCUUUAAAUUGAGCACAAAACGAAACUAAGGUAGUUUAUUUUACGAUAGAAAUAACUAAGGAUAUUUAGGACGACUCCGUUUUUUUUUAUACAUCCCGUAUAUAUAUAUAUAUAUAUAUAUAUAUAUAUAUAUAUAUAUAUAUAUAUAUAUAUAUAUAUAUAUAUAUAUAUAUAUAUAUAUAUAUAUAUAUUUCAAAAACUCAUUAAUAAUUCAUGAGGAAAACACAAAGAGAAAUCAUAAGCGUGGCGUGUCUUUAUAUGUGAUAAAACACGCUUCAAAUUUCAACUUGUAUUUUCUCAGCUAAUACAAAGUUAUUUUGGAAAAUUAUUUCGCCAAUGCCGUGAUCUAACUGAGACGUUUUUGAAGCUGUUUAAUAAACUCGUAGUUCGUGUUUUAUCACAUAUGAAACACUCCGCUACGCGUCGUGUUUUAUCUGUGAUAAAACACUCCUACUCGUUUAUUAAACAGUACAUAUAUAUAUAUAUAUAUAUAUAUAUAUAUAUAUAUAUAUAUAUAUAUAUAUAUAUAUAUAUAUAUAUAUAUAUAUAUAUAUAUAUAUAUAUAUAUAUAUAUAUAUAUAUAUACACUCUAAAAACACUCUGGUUAAAUUCAACCAGGAACUGGAUCAAUAAACUACCUAGCACAUUCCUGGUUAAAUUAACUGAUUUCCUGGUUAAAAAUUAUUGAUUCAACAAAAAUCUGACCAUACUUCUUUGGACUUUUAAGCAGGAAAAUGGUUUAAUUUUUUUAACCAGGAUUGUGUAGGUGGAUUUUUAACCCCAUCCUGGUUGAAUAAACCCAAAUUUAACCAGAGUGUUUUUAGAGUGUGUAUAUAUAUAUAUAUAUAUAUAUAUAUAUAUAUAUAUAUAUAUAUAUAUAUAUAUAUAUAUAUAUAUAUAUAUAUAUAUAUAUAUAUAUAGUAAUUCAUUGUAUAUUCUGUGAAUCUAAUUUUGUGUCCAGGAAGUGUCGAAGACUAUUCGGAUGGUUUCACCCUAAACCUAAACCUAAACCUGCUGCUGAUUAUUACGAAGACUGUUGUCAAGGAUGGACAAAUAGAGGCCCACUGGGAUGCCUAAAAAGUACGUGUUGCUAAUCUUGUUUUUGUGCCCAUGCGAGCAAAUUCAAAGGACGGUCUCCCAGGAGGGGGUUCUCUGUUUCCAUGUUUAUUUGAAAAGACAAAUAUCAAAAAAUGAUUUCACAUUGUUCCCUUCUUCCCUAAAACACUUGGGAGACCCUCUUAGAUGGCUGCACAAGUGACAAUUAUCGUCUCGGCUUUUAUCCAAAUGAAUUGCAGGAAAAUAUGAAUGCACUAUAAUUCCUUAUAAGAUUUGCGGCAAUGACAGUUGAGUUUCAUGCCUCGGUCGUUUUUACGAGUUAGUGUCACCGGUUCGGAUCAUAUUUAUGGUCAAGAUCAGGGGUCACAUUUAGCAUUAUAAACAUAAGUAUCGAGUGAUGAAUCUAUGAUCGUUCCCAGUGUGAAGUAAACUGCGGAAGUUCGGAGUGCAGGUGGAUUUUUUUCUGCUUAUAACUUCGUAUUGUAAACUAAAUAGUUGAAAUUACAAUAAUACUAACAUUUGCAAGCAACCGCAAAACCCAAACUUUUUUCACGUUUGUUUAGGGGCGGACCAUUUGAUUUUUGAGGGGGGGGGGGGGUUGGAAGAUAUCGAAAAAAAAUUUCCUGCAACCAAGGAGAAAGAAAAAAAAUCUUACAGUAUACAAUCGAGAAAAAAAAUAUCAUGCAAAAGAGAGCGCACAAAAAUAAAAUUCCUACAUGUAAAUCUACUGACGUUCUUCACUUCAGUAUUGUGUCCACAGGCUUGUAAGAUUUUGCAUUUUUGAGCACAUUUGCUUAAAAGAACACGGGGUGAACAGUGGACAACAUCACAGGGAUUCUACCGCCUUUGGAGUCUAUAACAUACGAUAGCCAGUGGCGUUCCCUGGCAAAAUUGUUGCCCCCCCCCCUGAGAAAAUCUAGGCUUAAGAUAUGUACAAGUUUAUAAGUUAUUUAUACAUAUCUAAUAUGCAUGGUAGAAAAAGUAUUUUUGGAUGGUUGAGUCUGUGUGCGUUUUUUUGAUAACAUACCUCCAAACUAUUAAAGCUUCAAAGGCCCAUCUACAGGAUGCAAGUUGAACGUACUGUAUUGUACGAUGGUUUUAAUGCGAAAAUGCCAGUUUAGAGAGUCUAGAUUUUAAAACCAUUCUGAAGAGGAUGCAACCCGAUCCCCCAACAACAUAGGCACCGGGCGGGGGGCGUUAGCCCACCCAGUUUGUUGGGCAGUCGGGAAAUAUUCGAUGAACAGUCGGGCAAUUUUGGUUUAUUAUAAAAAUAAAUGGGACAAAUUCUGUCAUUUUUGUCGGAAAUUCAGUAAAUUUUGUUGUAAAUUUUAUGGUGUUUGGAAAAUUUGUGUGAUGUUCCGGAAGCUACAGAACUAUAUUUGGUGGAACAUUGUUGUUUAGGAGAGCAGUUAAAAAUCACACUAUUAAAAUCUUGUUUUAUUCCAUAUAUUAAUCAAAGCUCAUUUUGUGAUUUUCCCUUGUUUAAAAUAAAGGACAGUAAGUGUUCCUUAGGCUUAGUACAGCAAAGUUGUUGGACGAAUCCGUGGCUGAAAACGCAGGAAAUAGCAUUUCCGAGGUUCAAAAUUUUAAAAUUUUCUCGGGGGAGCAUGCACCCGAACCUCCCAAAGUUACAGGUCAUUCAUAUACUGUACCUUCCCCAUUUUCGAGUACUCUACUCUAUCCCUGCAUGUUUUCGGUUUUGGUGCAGUUAUACAUUUUUUGUAAGUAAACUGCACGCUUUAGUGUGGGGAACAUUAUAACAUAACCAUAUAAAAUAAAGCACAGUGAAAAUUCCUUGGCCUCUCUUGGGAUUCAGUUCUCGGCCUCCUCUGACUGAAAACCCCGGCUACGUCAGAACGUCUCUGACGAUAGCUAUAUGAAAGCCUUAAGUUACUGUCGGAGCCGUUAUUAUGAGAGGCAAAAACAAAUAUCCUGCCGCGGAACAUAUUGAGAAAAAGAUAUCGUGCGCUGCACUUUUACAGGAAAAAAUAUCUGUCUUGUUCCCCUGGGCGGAAAAAAAAUUCUUGCACAGUCGGAAUCUUCCAACCAACCCCCCCCCCCCUCUCCCCUCAAAAAUCAAAUGGGCCCUUACUUUUCAUACGUACACGAUGGGCGGGUCAAACGUGCAUGUUGAAACGUAACAACAAUUAGUUUGAACCGCGAAAUAGUGACGUUUGACAAAUCUCGCCCAAACGUCACUAUUUCGCGGUUCAAACUAAAUGUUGUUACGUUUCAACAUGCACGUUUGACCCGCCCAUCGUGUACGUUUGAAACGUUAACAAACGUGAAGAAAAAGUUUGGAUUUUGCGGUUGCUUUCAAAUGGUAGUAUAUCACCGUGGUGACCAACAUAACUUGUACACCGAUUAUCAUGAAUUUGUUAGAUUUGGGAGUAUCACUAUCUAUCAAUCUGUUUUGAGAAUCACUAUCUAUUAAUCUGUUUUACCUAAACCGUGGUAUUGAUCGAAACCAGAAUACCUGCAAAAUACCAACAACUUAAGUCACUCGCGGCAAAACAUAAUUGGCUAUGUCAAAAAUAGGUUAUUAUCAGGAAGACUUUUAAAAUUAAAUUUUGACAACAAACACGAAAAUUGCAGUAUUCUGGAAAUGAAUUAAUAAAAAGUUAGUAUAUUUGACCGUAGAACCUCGACUUUCGACCCUCGACCUCAACUGAACCUGACAUGUAGUACAGCCAAAAUAUUUCCUCCAUUAAUUUAAAUUGGUUUUCUUUUUCGCAUUCAUUCGAUUAUAUUUAUCUAUAAAUCCAACAUCAACAAAUUUUUGCUGUCAUUAGUAAUAACCAUGGACCUGCUACUUAAUACUUAAUCGUAUAUGUUCCCAUGUGACGAUAUGCUAGGAGAAACUUUCGUCCGUGAGCAAGCGAGUCCCGCAAAUGCCGCAUGCGGGCAAGCGUUUACUUUUCCAGCCCAACCCAAAUAAACACCUGCUUGCAGGCUAGGCUAGCCCGGUAAAGCGAGCUAACUCGGUCCAUGUAAUCGAUCCCUUAGUACUUGUAGCCAUACGAAAUUAACAUUUCUCCCGGGACAUUUUGAUUGCAUACUAAAUAUAAAACUAUAUUGUUGGAAAACGACUGGAUAAAGACAUGUUCCACGCUCUGUAUUUAAUAAAGAGCAUGAUCGCAGGUUAGGAUGAGCCGACGCUGCGUAAAGAGUUAAAAGAGAAAGAUUUAUUUAAUAUACUAAUACACUAUGCACUAUGCUUUUUUUAUUUUUAUCCUUCAAGAAACAUGUAUUGCGUUGCCACAGAAAGUACAGCAACAGAUAGGGAAACGCCGGAUGUGUCCAGUUAAACGUCUUUUUAACCUGGUCGAACAAAAUAUUUUUUAUAAGCUAACCACGCCCGCUAGUAAACCGUUAAUAUAUCCUAGCGAGACAACGGACCUCUUCAAAGCUGUACCUUUUCCAUUGUUGAAUCAACCAUCUCACAAUGUGCUGCUACGCAGCGUUCUUAUCCCUACCCUCCAUGAGCAAGGAUGGGUGACUCGAUAUCUUGGUAUGGUCAUACGAAACAAGAUACUCGUGGGAAAAACACUAGAUCCUAAAAAUCUUCAACCAUUUACAAAGUAUUCAGACUACGGCCAGUUGCUGAAAAGUCACCGCAAGGAGCAAUCGAAACCUAUAGUUUCCAUUAAAAUCCCUGGAUUGGUAAGCAGUUUUUAGUAAUGUAUCUCAGGAUUGCGCCGCUGUCACAAUUCCAAAUGCCAUGCACGCCCAUAUGACCCAUAUGAACGUUGACAUGAUUUCAUUUCGAUACAUACAAAUCGUAUUUCAUAUAUAUGCAGCUCGAUGAACAGAUCAAGGUCGAAAUCUUUUUUAACUACAUAAAGCCCGCCGCACACGAGAGGAACUUGCUGAGCUAACCGCCUCGCGAGGCAGCUAGCUCAGCUAUGUAUUUUCACCGCACACGUUGGGAAAAUUACUCAACAACAACAUAACCGACAAAAUCAUUUGCAUUUUCCUCCAUUUUGCUCCAAGUCACAUGAAGAAACCAUGGUUUGUCAUUGGCUAAUUGCUUCAAACAGCUCAGCACUUAGUUCACGACAUCCGCAGACGCUGAUAUUUUUUCCUCACGAGGCGAAAAAUAUCAAACACGAUAGAUAUUUUCCUCAAGGCUUCGAGAGGUCAAAUCCUCAAGAAAACUAUCCGCACACGAGAGCAACUUGCUGAGCUAACCGCUUCGCGAGGCGGGCUUAACUGGGGGAAGGCAAUCCUCUCUCCAGGAAUCAGAUUUGCACCCAGGAACAUAGCGAAGCAUCUAAAAUUGGGAGUGGGGGUGUAGGAGGAUUUACCUGAAAUUUGAAUUUCGAUGUUAAAAUUUACGUGAAGUGUAAUGAUUAUAAUACUAAGUUUGGGGAGAAAGGGGGGUCUGGGGGUCGUCCCCUAGAAAAUUUUUACAUUUUUGAAGCUCUAGGACUGCAUUUCUGGCGUUUUCUAAAGCAAAUUCGCAAACGAAUUGGAUGUAAAUUGACCUUAUUUUACAAAAAUGGAUAUCAUUUCACAAAAAUAAUUAAUUUAUUACGAAUUUUUACCUGAAAAUGUCAAAAUUUUAACUUGAAUUUUACCUGAUUUUUGCCUGAAUUUCACACGGGGGGGGGGGGCGGGGGCCACAUUCGCGCGCUACGGCCACAAAAUAUUUCAUAUACUCUACCAGUGUUCCGCUACUUAUUACCCCGCUUUGUGGCCAAUCCAAUCUCCUGACAGUUUCUUUUAACGGGAUUUCCUCAGAAUUCAGGUCUCUCACUUUUCAGGACUUUUCUUAGUGAUAAGAGUUUUUUGCAUAGUAAUAGGAAUUUUUGAGAGAACUGUAAUUUUUAGUAAGCAAUUUUCGAAGUAACGUAGACAGUAGAUAAGAUUCCUGCAAGACUGAUCUAAUUAAUAUAGUUAUGAAUCAUUUGGACCGAUUUGGUUACUUGUAACUUGUAAGAUACCCUCAUCCACAGAUUAUUUUGCAGCUUGUUGUUGCAAAUUGAUGUAUAUUCAGCGAGCCCCAUAUUGCCAUAUAGAUCUGGAGUGGGAACUCGAGUCCAGAACGUAAAGCCAAAGAUGGAGUUAUUGUCCCUUUUCAUUCUUUCUGCGCGGUCGACAGAGCCUGCGGCUCGUCCCAUUUCGACAAAAUUUCCAAACAUCACGAGUACUAUUAAUCCCUAAUUGUACGAGCAACAUCGCAUGACUACUUGUUUAUUAUUAGCAUAACAAAAUUGGAUAAUUCUCAAUGUCAACAUCAUAUUCUCUCGCCUACCUCCUCCGCAGGCCUUUCAAAAAUAUAGAAUUGGUGAGAAACGAACGGAAAGGCCUGCGACUAAUUUUCCAAAAUGGCGGGAAGCCACAAACCAAAUUAUAUUUAAUAUAUCAUAUUUUACCAAAACAAUAUUCUGAUAUAGACCGCUUUUCGUAUCCGCAAUAUACAUAAAAACAGUGAACACUGAACAAACAAGCAUAUACAAUGAUUUUGAUAAAGAGAAGCAGAUAAAUAUCAGUUUAUAAUUUGCAUAUUACAAACACGCAGCGCUUUUAUGUAACACGUCGUAUGUCAGGCAUGCGGCCGUUUAUCCGCGAAAUUUAUUCCAUUUAUACUUGUCUUUUAUACAGUGUAACUAUUUAAAUGCGUGUGUAUAUAGUCAAAACAUCCCAUUUGACCAAAUGAUAGAUUCACAACGUCUAUUAUUACGGUCGCUUGUAAAACCCUCCAUUAUUUGAAUCUCCUCGUCGCUUUUAUCAGCUAUAACUGCCAAGAUGUAUUUAGAAAAUACUCGCAAAACGGAAUUGCUAAAGAUUGGCAGACGAUGUGCCAUAUUUUUUGAAGACAUUUGACCCAACCCAGUAAUUGACACCAAAAGCCAAGUAAUCGACAUGUUAUCAGCAGGCCUCAGCCGCCUUACAGCUACGCAAGCCUUCGUCUCAAAUUUCAAAUUUCAACCUGCGAACGGGCAUACUCAUUACGGGCUGUAUGGCCUGCGGAGGAGGUAAUUCUCUCGCCAAAGCCCAGUCCUGCCAGACUUUCAACCAAAAUUAAUUUGGUGCUUUUGUUCGUAUUUUCAUUUAGUUCUUUUGCUUUAAGUUCCUCGAGGGCAAUUUCAUUUGUUUUUAAGUAUCUUUCCGCCAUUUUGUUUGUUUUGGGAAAAUCGAUAUCAUUAAUUGUACUGCAGUACAAUUAGGGGCGGACCAUUAGAAAUCCAGGGAGGGGGGCGGUGGUGAAAAUCCCCCAAAAAAUGCCUGGAAAGAAAAAUGCUUGGAAAAAAAUAGCCAUUACGUCAGAGAAAAAAAAUGGCGUGCAAGCAAACUGCAAAGUGCAAAUAGUCUUAGCAAUGCAUGCGGUCGGUUACACAAACUGGGAUUAGCCGGGGAAAAUGGUACUAAAAUGGUUUACAAAUAGGUAUUAGACGUCAAUUCCGCCCUGUUUCAAAUUUAAUUUUCAAACCUUUUUCAAAGUUAGUUUCUCAAACAUUUUCACAUACAGAUUUCUGGCAUUUUUCAAAAUCAAAUAUUCCACAUUUUCCACAAACAAUUUCCCGAUAAAUCCGAAAACAAUUUGCCGAGUCUAGCAGACAUUUGCCGAAUCCGUGAUGAAUGGGGCGAGGGUGUUGCAUCCCCACACCCCCCUCUGGCUACGCCUCUGGCUGUAUUUUUUUCUUCGAAUUUACUUCAGGAAUUUAAUUUGCAGGAUAAAAGCUUUAACCUUUUACCCAUGGCAAAAUACAUGAAGUACCCCUCACAAGAAUUGCCGUUUAGAGAUAUCAUUUACGAAGAAGCCUGGCAAAGUGACGAUGUGUUUACGCAGCAACGCCUGGCAGGUUUAAAUACAAUGUCUUUGAGAAAAAUGACGAUAGAAGGUGAGAAAAUAAAGGCAUACCGUAUUUACUCGUUUGAGCGCCGCGGCGCUCUUUAAAUUUUCAGAGCUUCAGAUGCGGCGCUCAUUCGGGGGCGGCGCUCAAUCGGGGGCGGCGCUCUUUAAAAAAAUCUUUUAUUUGUGAAUUAUAUCAAGAACUUUUGACAAUAAAAUAAACAAGUUUUGAAUGUCUUUGUCACUAAAUGUCCCCAUUUGACGGUGGAAAAUUAUUACACUGUUUAGUGCGGCGCCCAUUCGGGGGUGGCGCUCUUUAAAAAAAUAUGAUCUUAAAUGCGGCGCUCAUUCGGGGGCGGCGCUCAAUCGGGGGCGGCGCUCAAACGAGUAAAUACGGUAUGGGAUAAUGGGAUAAAAUUGCAUGGAAAGAAUCCUUACGAUAUCAUGGAUAGAAUAUAAUUAAAAUGAAAAAUUAUUUUUAUCAAUAAAUAUUUUGAAACCAAUUUCAGACAAAUGUAUAAGUGACAAAAUUGUUAUUACUGAUGAACGACUUUUCGAAGCCAUCAUACAAAGGUUCAAUUACUAUAAGAGAAAUCUUUAAAUUACUUAUGAUUAUGAUUAAUACGUGAUCAUUAUACAUUUCUGCAUGCUGUAGAUUCCAGCUAUAGAGUAAAUUUUGAUCCAGACAAGAAGGACGAAAUCUAUCAUUAUAGCUUAAAAGAACAUCCUUAAAUCAGUAAAAUGGUUGCAAAAUGUUGUAAAAUAUAUCACGGAAAACAUUGCCCCGUGAAAUUAGCAAAUUUUGAGUAUUUUAAUGUCACGCGCGGAAACUGAAUGCACCACUUUUGAGCCGAAAGUGGUGUAUUUUCUGCGCAUAAUACUAACAUACAAAAUUGGCUAAUGUAACGACAGGGCUAUAUUUACUUUUUUACUCAAAUUUUAGGCUCUUUAGGGCUAUAAUGAUAGAUUUCGUCUUUCUUGCCUGGAUCAAAGUUGUGGGUCCUGAAGGGGUAAAAUGGGAACUGGGAUUGAUCUAUUUUUACACUGGGAAAAUGGGAUUCGGGUUACUGGGACUGGGAUUUGGCCACUGGGAAUGCGCAUAAUCAGAAAACCCAGAAUUCCGGGCGCCGGGGUAUGCCUGUUCGCAGGUAGGGCUAUGAAUAAUAUAGUUAACAACAAAAAUCAUGACCAAAGACACCAAAAACGGAUCAAAAUCGUAUUUCAAAAUACUUAAAACGUGGAAAAAUUGGGAAUCGACUCGCAUUACCUCAAUCCCAUUCCCAUUUUAGAGGACUUCCUUUCCCGUCCCCAAGUCAGAUGCACAGCGGAAUAUAUGCCUUGUUUCCGGUAUAUACACAACCCUGAUAGUAUAUACCUCAAAGGCAAAACACAUCCGCUUCAGCCACACGGUGCCACACACGGCCUGAUAAAUAAUGUGUUUUUUAUUGAUCUACUGGGAUUUCUAAUAAAAAUCCAACUGGGACUGCCGGGGAUUUUGCCAAAAUUUCAGGUGGGAAAUGGGAUUGGGACCCCUUCAGGACCCUCAAAGUUUAGUCUGUAGCUGGAAUCAUCCAUUACUCAAGUGAACUUUGAUAAUGAACUUUUGCAUGAUGACUUCGACACGUCGUUAACGUUCAUUAACAUAUCGCUUGAUGUUUGUAUCAAAAUCGAAAAAAAUAACAAUUGUUACAGCUCGAACGAGCAAACCGAGGCCGCUUUUGCAUAUUUGAUGAUGUUUUCAAACUGAACCAAAACCAGUCACCAGCGGGUCAUUUUGACUAAACAUUUUCCGGUUAUGAACCUAUGACAAAGCUACAUGGUGAUUGGUUUUGGCUUAGUUUGAAAACAUUAAAAAUACGUAAAAGCGGCCUCGGUUUGCCUGUUAGAGCUGUAAAUAACUACGUAUAUAAAAGGAUGAUUUGGGAAACUUGUUGAUAUUUCAGAUUUUAAUCAAGAUUUCGUGAACAAAGCCUACGAUUGGGACGCGGCAAUGAAACAAGCAUUGGGGAAAAAGUCUACAUUUUCUGAGGUAAAUGAGGAAAAAUAAAGACACACUCACCAACUGCAGUGAUAUGCCAUCAACGAUCCAUACUCCAGUCAUGCAAAUAGCAUCCAUGCUAAACCCUUUUAAGAUCUAUAAGAUCUUCUGUUAAAAAUUUAUAGCGAAAAAAUUGUAGCAUAACAAAUAAUAAGCGUUGAGUCGCCAACGAACUGUAUGGGGAAGUUAUCUUUAUGCUUCCAUUUCAAGUAACGAUGAACCGUCAUUUUUCUUUCAUGUGCUCAGAUGAUCAAUUCAGGGAAAGUAUUCAUACUAGACUACAAAUUGCUUUAUGGUCUUGAUAACAGUGAGGAUUACACCGAACGGAACACGACAGACAGGCGAGAAAUGAGAGGAUCACGAAGUCCGUUCUGUACGUUUGUUGUAGCGGACGUAGGAGGCGUUAAGCAAUUGAAACCAGUCGCGAUUCAGACGGACUUAUCUUCAGGUAAACUUUCGUUUAUUCAAUGUCAAUGCAAACAUUGUUACAAUAUUUAAAACGUCCUGGUUAAUAUAAAAUUACUAUAUGGCAAGCAUCACUGAUUGGCUGAGAAGCACUUUCAGCGGUGCAUUAUUUCCCGUAAUGGACCGCUGGUCCAUUACGUAAAAACAAACGCAUGCAUUUGAAAACAAAACAGCAAAACCAAUUGAAAAUUUGAAAAUUAUAAUUAAAUUUGUUAUUGUGAAUGGUUUUUAGUGGAAAAGAAGGAAUACAAUAGUAUUUUUUUGUUUCCUUCGACCAAAUGUGUACCACGUUACUAAUAUGCAUUUCAAAUCAUGCAUUUCUUGUUUGUUUCAAGUAUAAAUGCCAUAUAAUAAACUUUUUAUUAACCUCGCUUGCUCGGUAUGUACAUAGAAAUAUCGGACCUCGGUCUUUUUGUAUAAACCUCGCCCUACGGGCUCGGUCUGUACAAAAAAGACCUCGGUCCGAUAUUUCUCUGUACAGACCUCGCGUUCGGAUAAUAAGAUGUUAUUAAUACAGUUUGGGGUAACUUAAUAAUGGCCUGGUUAAAUUCCAUGGUUAAUUUAACCACAGCCCUGGUCAAUUUGAUCACUAUCGUGGCUAAUUUAACCAGUAUUCCUAAUUAAAUUAACCAAGUUUUUUACAUGGUUCAUUUACCAGGAAUUAUUGGUUAAUAGUCCACCUAUCAUAAUCUGGUUAAUUUACCCAUAUAGAACAGUUAAAUUAACCAGGAAUCCUGGACUAUAAACACAUUAACCAGGGCUAUCCAGCUAUGGUUAAAUUGACCAUUAGGAAAUUUAGUCAGGACAUUAAAUUACCACAAACAGAGUGUACAGGUCUUAAAAACAAAAUGUUAACUGAUUUCAUUGACAUUGAUAAUAAUUUCUAUGAUAAUAUUGGAUACGUAACGACGUAUGGAUUCCAGUCCUAUAUAGGACUGGAUCAAAAUUAAUUUUGUCCUAGGCCACUGGAUCAAAAUUAAUUCAGUCCUUGAGCUUGGGUCAAAAUUAAUUCAGUCCUAAGACUAGAUCAAAAUAAAUUCAUCUCACUGUAUAAGUGGUGGUUUACUGAUCAGACCAAACAAAUUGCGCAAACUGAUCAUGAAUUCCGGUAUGGUCAAUAUAGUCGGAUUUCAUGUAUAUUAUUAUUUUACAUAUAGUCUUUCUUAUUUUCCCAUUACGUUUCCGCAGAUUCGCCAGUAGUUUCUCCUAUUGACGGCUCGAAAUGGUUGAUGGCGAAGGAAGAAAUUCAACGAGCAGAUAUAACGUAUGCCGAAAUUAUCGAACACCUGUUGAAAACACAUUUUCUCAUGGAACCAAUCUGUGUCAUCAUGCGACGUACUUUAUCGUUCUUUCAUCCUCUUCAUCAAAUAUUCAAAUGGCAUUGUAGAGGUCUGUUUGUCACAAACAGUCUUGGAAUACAGGCUCUCCUAAACCCUGGGGAAUUUUUACAUAAGUUGUUUGCGAUUGGGCAUGUCGGUGGAGUGGAACUUCUUAAGAAAGCUUACCCCAGUAUGUCGUGGGCGGAUACCGAGUUUGAUAAGAACCUUGAGGUAAUAUAUGCAAACAGGUUUCUCAAACAGGAAGAUAACGCUUCCUCGGGAAAACUAAAAAAACGUUUAGGCUCGGAAAUGUCAUUUCAAACUCUUCUUGGCACCGAAUUGAAGAACUUGGAAGGCAACAAUGCGGAUAAAAAUUACUUUAUAAUCUGUUUUCGUGGUUCGGAUAACUUCGUGGGAUUUGCAAUCAUCACUGAGCAAAUAAAACAUAAUUGAACUACUUGGCGAUAGUAAUGACCUCAGGCUUUUUAAACAAGACCUAUUUCGAAUCAUACUUCCGAACGUCUUGCAACAUCCCGCGUGCAUAAUCACACGCACUUUGACACGUACGUAUAACGAUAUAAGAUUAAGAUAUUUAGAUUGUCAAUGUGUACUGUUUGACGCGACAUAACGAACAGUUGAAUAUAUUUAACCCGUUAAAGUACUGCAAAGGUAUUAACAUAUUGUGUUGAAACAUGGUUUUAUAGAAACGUGGCGUUGAUAGUGUGGACGAAUUACCAUAUUUCCCAUACAGAGAUGAUGGCUUGCUUAUCUGGAAAGAAGUUGGUGAUUUUGCUGGGGAUUAUGUGAGAUUGUAAGAAACAAUUUUCCCUUUCUAAGUGCCAUAAAAUGGGAACCGGGGUUUGCCUAUUUUUGCUGGACUGGGAAAAAUUAUUUGGUUUCUAGGAUUGAGCAUGACAGACACAAAAAUCGGAAUAGGAAAACGCAUCUAAGUUCACGAAAAGCUAUGGAGCAACUUUUGAUUUGGCGUUUCUCUAAAAAUGUCCCGGAAGGCUGCAUUCUGCCCUCUUCCAGCUCGAGGUCAUCUUUCUGCUAUUGCGAGUCAGAGAUUUACUUAUAGUAUGUCUUGUAUAAUUAUGACUGAAAAUAACAGUCAUAGACCUUAUUCAUAAAUCGUGAUGAGGCCUCGUAUCCUAGGAAACGGGAACAAAACGCGGGAAAAUUGACAAAAUGUUUUUUUGCUGUCGGCUAUGGCAGCUUUUUUUCGUGAAUAUUACGGCUUUUUUCGAAAAUAUAUCUAUAAAACUGAGCUUGAAAGUUGAAAAAAAUACUUCUGAGAAAAUAUAACAUGACAUUUAAAGCAAAAGAUGCUGGAGUCAAUCGAAAAAGGAAACCUUUGACUUUGUAUUAUUGUCGUAGUUUGUAUGGCCGAAACAAACAACCAACAAGGCUACAAAACGUCUAUACAACACCAAAAUCGUAAGAAAUAUGAAACAAUUGUUGAAGAAAUAAGAUUACAACUCACUCAGGUAAUGUAGCCUUCAUUUUUUAAACUUGUAAGCUGCUUGCAGAAUGUUAUCGAGCCACAGUCAUAGUUCAUAUUUUUCCGUACGAACCAAUAACAUUUGACGUUCUCUUGUGAUUUUUGACUGUUAUUUUCUUUCAUAUUUAUGUCAAAUUCGAAAAAUUAUACUUCCAUUCCAUAGUUGUCUUGAUUUUUCACGGAAUAACCUUUAUAUUGACGUUAAAAUCUCAGUAAAAUACUGUUUUUCGCUUCUGGAUAAACACCAUCGCUACGUUGUCAUUUUUCCACACAAAAACGGGAGAAAAACCGCUCGCUUUUAUAAUAUACUCGUUUACCGCUUUCGUUGUGGGCACAAAGUCUUAAAAUACACACAAAAAUCGUCAUAAAUCGCAAAAAGCAACAAGAAACCAGCCGUUAAAGUCGACACAAUAGCAUCUGAAUUUGGCUUGUCAAGCAGUUUUCGCUUGUUUUCCCGCGUUUUGUUCCCGUAUCCUAGGAUACGAGGCCUCGUCACGAUUUAUGAAUAAGGUCUAUAAAAUACAUACAACAUUUUACUUGGUGAAGAUAUUUCUAAAGAGAGCUAUUGAAAACAGAAUAUUGUGUUUUAUUGUGGUCCCCUUCAGAGGACCGUUAUCAUUGGUAAAUUUUUGCUUGAAAGAUAAUUGCCAUUUAAUAUUUUAUUUGUCUGUGCUAAUACUAUGCAUUGGCUACAUAGUGGGUAAAAUAACCAAUCUGAUAUUAUAGAGCUGAAAAAUUGAAUAAGUGUAGUCAUUACAACCGCGCGCUCAAAAAUAAAAAUGUUUUUCUUUUAUAAUCUUAGUCUUUUCACUCACAAAUCUCAGGCCUGUAGUACUGUAGAACGUUCGCCAAUUGAGUAGAAGCCGCAAUAUAAACUUUAAGACACAUUAUGUUAUUAGAUACUAUCAAAAAGAUGAGGACGUGAAACAAGAUACUGAGCUGCGAAAUUUUGCCAACCAAUUGUCAGCAGAUGGCACGGGAAAGAAUGGCGGAAUUGGACAGGUAAGAUAGUUUCAAAGUCAACAACCUGUGGUAGUGGCUAAACUUUUGGUCCUUUUGCCUCCCGUGAAAUUGCCCCCAUCUACUACGAAAUGAAAUUGCCGCAAUUAGUUGCAAUGCAAAUAUUAUUAUAUAUAAUAUAUUGUAGUCACCACGUGUCUUCUGCGGAUUCUUCUAAUUGCUUACAGUUAAACACGCAACCUAUAGAUAACCGAGUUAUCUGUAGGUUGAGCCUUUGAUAUGUAAUUUUACAACAAGCGGUAUCUUUUUUUUAUAUAUAUAAACAUAUUUAAUAACUUUAAUGUUUAUACCCAAGAGCGUGGACGCUCAUCGAGGGGCUCACACUACAUUUAACAAAUAAUUAAAUAAUAUACACAACAGGAGAUGACGAACAUUGCAAAGAAAGAGGGAAAAAAACCAACAAAAGUGAUAAAAGCUGGUUCAAUUGAAGGUUCAAAGUAAUAAAUUAAUUCUUAGAAAAACGAUUAGUUUGCUUAAUAUAUUUUUGAACAUGCAUAAAUAUACAUCUAUUACUUUCUAUACUCAAAUCAGUUGAACCAGACAAAAAUAUUUUAGACUUUUGAGAAUCGGACAAGAGAUACCAGCUUUCACCAUAAAUUUGAGCAGCUACCGAGAGUAAGGAUAAUCUAAGAGCAGCAUAACGAGGACAAUAUAACAAAUAAUGAAUGACUGAUUCACAAGAAUCUCCACAUGAACAUGCUGGAGAUAAUCUACAAUUAAUUUUAAACAAAUAAUAAUUUAAAGCAUUACACAAUUAAGGCGCAAACGAGUUAUAAUAUUCUCUUAUUUAAUAGACUUCUUGAUAUCUCGGCUACAUGUAAACAACUCAAUAUAUAAUGUCCAUAUUCUAAAUAUAAACUAAUCGUAAUACGUGCGUUAAUGAUUAAUAGACGUACAUUACUAUACCAUUCCCUUUGUUUUAACUUGAUUGUCAAAUAUCAAAAUGUUUAAUUAAAUUUGAAGUUACUUAGCUAUUUCAUAGUUAUGUUAGUUUAUUAGAUUUGAUGGAUAUUCAUGUCCGUAUCGAUUCGGUGGUCUUCGAAUUCGGCUUGAUCUUCUUGGUACUUCGUUGUUUUCAUUACUGAUGGAUGGCUGAUUGUCCUGCGAGUUUUCUUCAUAAUCGAAACCUUCAUCAUCAGUGUCUUCUUCUCGUGGUUUAUUUAUUCGCUUGAAAUGUGACACGUUCCGUUUCACAAUAUGACCAUCUUUACUUUGAGCAAGUAUUUCUGAACCAGUUUUCUUUAUCACUUUAUACGGUUUGUGAUUAAAAUUCGCAGUUAGCUUGUUUUUCUUUUCUUGUCUAACCAGUACAUAAUCUCCAACUUGUAGAUCACUUUUUCUUGUGUUUCUCCUUUGAUUUGCAUAUUCUCGGUUGCGUUCUUGUCGUGUUUUCUCAUUGUCUCGAGCUUCUUUAUGUCGAUUGACAAUUUUCUUGCUGUUUAUAACUGGUAAUUUUCCUUUUAUCACUCGGUUAAACAACAGUUCUGAUGGAGGUACUCCUGUAGUGCAAUGUGGAGUGGUACGAUAUUGUAAAAGAAAACGGUUCAAUUCUUGUUGCCAUGGUCGUCCUUCGAGUGUCGCUGUCUUGAGCGCUUUUCCUAACGGUCGCAUAAAUCGUUCAACUGUAGCAUUACCUUGGGGCCAGUAGGGUGUUGAAAACUUAGCUUGAAUACCAAGGGCUUUCAGAUAUCGUGCAUAGUCGUCUCCGUUAAAAGGGGGACCAUUGUCAGAUAUAAGGGUGUCAGGAAUGCCAUGGACUGAGAACAUUUUGUCAAGUUUUGGAAUGACUGUUGAGGCUCGUGUUGAAUGAACUAUCUCAACCUCUGGAAGUCUGGAGUAUCUAUCUACCGCCACUAACAGAUAUUCAGACGAUGGUAGUGGACCAUAAAAAUCUAUGUGGACAUUUCUCCAUGGUAACUCUGGCAUUUCGGUCAUACGUAAUGGUUCUGGAGGAUUCGCCUGUCCGACAACUUGACAAGUGGUACACUUAGCAAUUGUGUUUUUGACUUGGUUGUCAAUUUGCGGAAACCAGAUUUUUUCACGAAUUAGAGACUUCGUUUUCUCUAUUCCUAAGUGUGUCUCCAGGGCCGCCGAGAGGUUGGCGGGGGCCCGGGGCAAAUUUUUUUUUAGGGGCCCCUAUCUAAAAAAUUUUUCCCGGACAAAUUUUUUUCCGGAGAACAACCUCUCCCCCCCCGUCGCCAAAAAAUUUCGGUCAGUGUACCAUUUUAGGGGUAAAAAAAAUUUUCCGGAAUACAAAAUUUUUCCGGACGACUACGUUGCAAUUGCUUUCGAGGGACUUUAUCUCAUUUUUUUAUGCCAAAUUCCGGUGAUUAACCCAAGAAAACAGAUAUCUUGUCCUUUGCGCGGAAAUAUUUAACCACAAAAAAGGCUGGGGCCCAACAAAGAUUUUUCAGGGGCCCCCAGCAACUCGGGGCCCGGGGCAAUUUGCCCCCCCCCCCUGCCCCCCCCUCUCGGCGGCCCUGUGUGUCUCAUGUACUAUAUCUAUUGCACGUUGUUGUAGAGCCGCAGGAAUGACAAUCCGUGUUCCUCGAAGUAUAACACUGUGUGUGGUAGACGUAAGUUCGUUUUUUACGGCUUUGAACGGUUUUACAAUUGGGGAAUCCCAUUUGUUUGCUUUAAUUGCAUCAUGGAGUGCUGUUAGUGCCGCGUCUGCGUUAGUUGCAUUGAUUAUUUCUUGUAAUGUCAUCGCCUUAGGGACACUGUUCUGAGUUAUAAAAUUAAUAUAUUGUUCCGUCAUCUUCUCCUGUUUUCGUUUGCUUUCGUUUGUUGGAUGACGAGAAAGGUAGUCCGCAGGGUUGCUGGCACCUGAUUUAUAAAUUAUCUUAAAUGUAUAUGGUUGAGGCGAAGCACCCAUCUUUCAAUUCGCGCUGAUGUUUUGGCUGUACGUUGACCAUAAAUAAUUUCUAAAGGUUUAUGGUCAGUUAUUAGUGUAAAUUCACUUCCAUAUAGAAAUAAAUGGAAAUGUUCAACUGCCCAUACUAUCGCUAACGCUUCUUUUUCCGUCUGGGAGUAUCUCUUUUCUGUAUCAGUCAGCGCCCGACUGGCAUAUGCAAUUAUCUGUUGACUGUCUACGUCACCGUUUCUUGGUUUCUGAGAAAGAAUUCCAGAAAUUCCUACAGGACUAGCAUCAACUGUUACAAAAGUUUGUUUGUUUUUGUCGAAAUAUGACAUACAUGGAGCAAUUGCAAGAGUGUUUUUCAGCUUUUCAAAAGCAGUUUGGUGUGUUUGAGUCCACUCAAAACGAACAUCCUUUUUCGUCAGGUCACGAAGGGGAGCAGUUAGUGUUGCGAAAUCUUGAAUGUAGUUACUACUAUAGUUGGUCAUGCCAAGAAAGCUCCUGACUUCAUGUGCAUUAUUUGGCUGAGGUGCAUUUAAUAGAUCAGCUACCCUCCUAGGAUCAGGAUGAGUACCUUCUUUCGAAAAGACCUGUCCGAAAAAUGACAAUGUAGUACUAAGGAAAUUACACUUGCUUCGGUUUAGUCGUAAGCCCUUCAUUGCAAGUCGUUGUAGACAUUUGUCAAGAUUAGCGUCAUGUUCAGUUCUUGUUGAGCCGAAUACAAUGAUAUCAUCAGCUAUGAUCUUGACGCCUUUAAGCCCUUGCAGUGCGGUUUGGAGUGUGUACUGAAAUAUCUCCGCUGCAGCGUUUGUACCAUAGUUUAGUCUUUUGUAGCGAUACAAACCUACAUGAGUGCUAAAGGUUGUUAUAUAACGAGACUGUUCGUCCAGUUCUAACUGAUGAUACGCUCGACUCAAAUCAAGUUUCGAGAAAAAUUUUGCUCCAUUCAGGGCAAAACUAACACCAUUUACUGUUGGUAUAGGAUGGCGUACUCGUCUUAUAGCUUCAUUUGCGAGCCGCAUAUCGACACAUAUGCGAACCUGUCCGUCUUUUUUGGGAACAGCUACAAUCGGUGAAACCCAACGAGUAGCUUCAUUUUCGGGCACUUUUUCAAUGACAUCUUGAUUUUCUAAUUCAGUUAUCGCGUUUUUCACUUUUUCUCGAAUGUGAUAGG